AUGCAAAGCUUUACGGACAAAGAGAAUUUACUAAGAGCGCUAGAAAAAAUAACGUUGCGAGUAACGAACAAAAAUGUCGACCGGGAGAAUAGCAGCGCCGCCGCGAAUAAACUGGACGUUAAACGAAUGACGAAACCGCUACCCUCGGAAGCGUCGAAGCAGCGUGGCGCAGAAAACAAGUGCUACAACUGCAAUGAGACGGGCCAUAUAGCGAGAAAUUGCAGCAAGCCGAAAAGAAAACGAGGAUCAUGUUUCAAAUGCGGAGCAACGGAUCACCGAUUACAGGCCUGCCCGCAAAAGAAGAAAGCGAGUGUUCCGCAAAAGAUGUCAGCACAAGUAGAAUCCGUGACGCAGAUCUCUAGUGUUGAAGAACAACAGACUGGGAAGACAAUGCAGAUUUCCAACAUCGUAGAGCAGCGAAAAGACAACGAGUUUGUUAAAGACAUUAAAAUUAAAUUAUAA